CAUGCGGCGCGGCUAAAUCCAUUUAUGUUAAAGCAGUCAUUCGAUUAAGUAUAUAUUUUUAAAUUAAAAAAAUGCCUCCUAAAUUAUACGCGGAUAUUUCUAGUCCAGCUGUUAGAAGCGUUUUACUUCUAUCGAAAGCGAUUAAUCUUGAUUUAGAUAUACAAAGUCUUGAUAUUUCAACGGGGGAACAUUUAACACCAGUUUUUAUGAAGAUGAAUCCUCAACAUACUGUACCAACUUUAGAAGAUAACAACUUCAUUUUAUGGGAUAGCCACGCAAUUUGCGCAUAUUUAAUGAAUAAAUAUUCCGAAAACGACGAUUUAUACCCAAAAAAUCCAGAAUUACGUGCAACAAUCGAUCAACGUAUGCAUUUCGAUUCGGGAAUUUUAUUUCCGAAAUAUCUCGCUGUCAUCGAGCCGAUUCUUAAAGAAGGCGCAAAAAUGAUUUCUAAAGAUAAAGCGCACUCUCUUUCGGCUGCUUAUGGGAUUUUAGAAACUUUCUUGGAACAUUCCCGAUUUGUCGCUGGAAAAAAACUUUCGAUCGCCGAUUUUUGUAUAGCCACGACGAUUACAACAGCUAACGUAUUGGUUCCGGUGGCGGAAAAUCGUUUUCCCGGAAUAUCGAAAUGGUUGGCGAAUAUUAAGGAAUUGCCUUAUUAUGAAGAGGCGAAUCAAAAGGGGUUAGAUAAAUUCACUGGGUUGGUUAAGUUUCGAAUGGGGCAUUAAAUUAAUAAUAACAGUAAAAUCUCGAUAUAACGGAUCUCGU